AUGACACUCCCAGUCCUCAUCAUCGGUGCCGGCCUCUCAGGUCUCACAACCGCGCGUCUUCUCACAAACGCCCACAUUCCCUGCAUCGUCUUCGAAGCCUCCCCUCCCUCCCGCACUCAAGGCUACGCCAUCUCCCUCCGCGACUGGGGCUUCAACGCCCUCCUCAGGGCCCUGGGAAACCUCCCCCUAUCCAGCCUCACCCGGGCCGUCGCACCUGAUCGCCACAUUGGCGGCUGGGGCUGGCUUGACCAGUCAUGGCGGAAUAACCAGACCGGGGAGAUAAUCAUGAUGCCACCCAAAGAGUCAAAAGAGAAACCGACCAUACUGCGCGCUAAUCGCAAUGCGCUUAGGCAGUGGAUUGCGGAUGCAGGUGUGGGGGAAGACGAGGAGAUUGAUGUCAGGUAUGGACAUCGGCUUGUCGGCGUGCAGCUGUUGAGAGAGGGUGGAGAUGGAAAUGUGGUAACAGCCGAGUUCGCAAACGGCGCCACAUACACCGGUUCCCUUCUGAUCGCUGCGGACGGGGUACACUCCACAGUACGGACACUGAUCCUUCCCGCUGUGAAGCCGGAGAUUUUACCCGUCCUCGUCUACCAUGGCGACUUCAAGCUCAGUCGCGAGGAAUACGAGUGUGUGAUCCGGCCGCAUGCAGGCGAGUCCACGAUCGUCGCGGGCGUGGGCGACGGGUUUAACACGCCGCUGACUGUCUGCGACGUCACGUCAACGACAGUGCACAUGGACUGGACGUACUCGCGGCCCAGCAUUGGUGACAACGACCCUCUGUAUAAUCCCAAUAUUACGUCGGAGGAAGCUAAAGUCAUUCCCGAGGCUUUGAUCGAGGAAAUCAAUGCGAAAAAGCUGGGAGAACCAUGGUCGCUGUUCCUGAAUGGGGAGGCGAUGCGCAGGCAUCGGGUGUUCAAUUGGCUGACGCGAUGUGUUUCGAUGGAAAGGAGUGACGUGAAUUCCUGUACGGGCAAAGGGGUCGUCUUCGUCGGAGACUCGUGGCAUGCCAUGCCAAUCUUUGGAGGCGAGGGUGGAAACCAUGCAAUAUUCGAUGGGAUUGAGUUGGCGAAGAUGUUGGAAGUGGCUUGGGGACGUUCCAAGGAGGAUGUGCAGGCAGCGAUCGGGAAGUACUAUGACAAGUCUUGGAGACGGUGUAAUGAUGCUGUGCGAAGGUCAAAGCAGAGGUUCUAUCAGCUUCAUCGACCUAUUAGCGAGUGGAUUGAGAUUGCGGAGAAGCAGAAGAUGCGUGCGUAA